GCGGGCUGGGGGCAGCGCUGGAAUCGGGCCCGGGAGCGGCAAUGAGCUCGCACCUGCCUGCAGAACGCGUUACAGACACGGGCAGCGAUCCAAGGAAUGCUGGUUUAAAUAUCAAGUGAAUAAGGAUGUCAAUUGUCACAGUGCAGCUUGGGCAGUGUGGGAACCAGACUGGGCACGAGGUGUUCAGUGCUCUCUGCAGUGACAUCCGUGGCACCCAUGGGCUGUGUUCCAAGAAGGAGAACGAAUCCUACCAAGAUGCCUGCAAGGAACGGUUCUUCUGCGAGGAGGAGUCUGGAGUACCUGUUGCUCGGGCUGUGCUUGUUGACAUGGAGCCCAAAGUGAUCAGCCAGACCUUAUCCAUGGCUGCCAGGUCUGGCCUCUGGAGAUACAACAGCCACUCACACUUCUGCCAGAAGCAAGGAUCUGGGAACAACUGGGCCAAUGGUUACUCUGUUCAUGGGCCCAGACACAAAGAAGCAAUCAUGAAUCUGGUGCAGAAAGAAGCAGAGAAAUGUGACCGACUCGGGGGAUUUUUCACGAUCAUGAGUAUGGCUGGGGGCACAGGAUCAGGCCUAGGAGCAUUUGUGACCCAGUGUUUGAGAGAUGCUUUUCCAACCUCAUUCAUACUGAACCACGUGAUCUGGCCCUAUGGCACUGGGGAGGUCAUUGUUCAAAACUACAACUCUGUUUUGACUCUGUCACAUCUGUACCACUCAUCAGAUGCCCUUCUUGUCCAUGAGAAUGAUGUCAUCCACAAGAUCUGUGCCCAGCUGAUGAAUAUCAAACAGAUUUCCUUCAGGGAUGUCAAUCAAGUCAUUGCUCACCAGCUGGGCAGUGUUUUCCAGCCCACUCACACAGCAGGAGGGGGCUCGGGCUACAGCAGAAACCCAUUAGGAGAUUUAAUGGAGACAUUGGUCCCACAUCCCGAGUUCAGGGUGCUGGGCCUGCGGAACAUCCCCCAGGUGCCUGAGACCUCCCUGGCUUACAGCACCUUCAGCUGGCCUGGCCUCAUCAAACACCUGAGGCAGAUGCUCAUUGCUAAUGCUCAAAUGGAGGAAGGUAUUGAUUGGCAAGUACGACCACCACAGCCAGGCUCCUCCACCCCCUCCACAAACAAACCCCUGCACUUCAACACUUCCAUUGCCAACCUGGUGAUCCUGAGAGGAAAAGAUGUGCAUGGCGUAGACUUGGGAAGUUUCCAAGAUCCCUCAUUAUACACAUCAUGGCUAAACCCUCAGGAUGCUUUUAAUGCAUGGAAAACACCCAGAGCAUUUAACAAGUAUGAAAAGUCUGCUUCUUUGGUCAGCAACAGCCAGUUCCUGCUGAAACCUCUUGACAGCAUCGUAGGAAAAGCUUGGAAUAUGUUUGCUUCCAAAGCUUACCUUCACCAGUACACAAAGUUUGGAAUCCAAGAGGAAGAUUUCCUGGACUGCUUCACAACCCUGGAACAAGUUAUCUCCAGUUACACCAAUCUGUGAUUGAUUUCUUUGUUUAAAUGGUCUGAAGUAGAGAUUUUCUGAAAGAACCAAGCUGGAAAACCUUCCAUCAACUUCCUGAAGUAUGUAAACAAUUGUGCUGGAAUUAUUUUUCAGUCUUAAGAGCAGAGUGUCUGUGUGUGUGUGUUUGAAUAGCAAGAACUGAAUCUGAAUAUAUUCAUAUAUUCAUAGUAUUCUUAUUUAAUAUAUCUAAUAAAUGCCAAUUUUUCAA